GCCUACUGCCUUGCGUUGGUCGAAUCCAUUAAUGGCCUUCUAGUUGGGACCUUGAAGUUGAUGCUUGUCAGCGUGGGAAGGGCAGUUAAGUUAUUGGAUAGAGCACCCUUUGGAGAAUUCGGUUUACCAAUUCGAGGAAUUUGCAUACUGCAUAGUGUUGAUCUCUUCAAGCCCAUGAAAGAUAACGAGCUAGUAAGUUAUUUGGGUUUACGUGCUUAUACAAAAGCUAAUGUCGAGAACUCUAUGGCCAUGGAGGGAGAGCAGACAUCUUUGUCGCCAGUGGGUAUAGGGUCGACACCUGAAAUAGAAAAGAAGUAUGUGCAUCGAGUUUAUGAUGCUAUUGCGCCCCAUUUUAGUUCGACCCGGUUUGCCAAAUGGCCCAAAGUUGCAUCCUUCCUGAACUCCUUGCCCCUAGGAUCUCUAGUACUGGAUGCAGGAUGUGGGAAUGGCAAGUACCUGGGCUUGAAUCCCGAUUGCUUUUUCAUUGGAUGUGAUAUCAGUGAGCCGCUUGUCAAGAUUUGUGCGGAUAGGGACAAUGAGGUCGUGGUUGCAGAUGCUGUGAAUCUGCCUUAUAGAACUGGGUUUGGUGAUGCAGCUAUAUCCAUUGCUGUGUUGCACCACUUGAGUACAGAGAUCAGGAGGAGAAAGGCAAUCGAAGAGUUGGUGAGAGUUGUUAAGACGGGUGGGUUUGUUUUGAUCACUGUUUGGGCUGCAGAGCAAGAAGAUAGGUCAUUGCUUACAAAGUGGACUCCCCUUAAUGAUAAGUAUGUGGAAGAGUGGAUAGGACCUGGUAGCCCUCGUGUCAGAAGCCCUUCAUCUUUUACUUUGCAAAGCAUCCCAGAAUCUAUGGAGGGGAUGAAUUCCAAGGAGCAUAUGCAAGAUGGGAGCCAAAUUUCUGGAGAGGAGACUGGUGGAAAUGCUGCUGAUGAUCAGAAGAGUCAACAUGAGUAUUUUGUGCCGUGGCAUUUACCAUAUCAUCGAGCUGAAGUGAGUGGUGCUUCUGCUUCAGCUAUUGCUAGUGGCUUGGCAAGGAAAGAUGACAAUAAGGGUGCUGUGGUCUACAAUCGCUACUAUCAUGUCUUUGGUGAAGGUGAACUUGAAAGGUUAGCAUCUGGUAUUAAGAAUGCAAUGGUAGUCGAUCAAUUCUUUGACAAGUCAAACUGGUGCAUCGUUCUUCAGAAAAUUGGUUGA